CGACAACUCCAUUUUAUUUGUGUGUGACUCCAUUUCUCUGUUUUAAGAAAAUGAAGAAGGUUUCAAACUUGCAAAAGAAGACGGCUGCCGCACAAAAGGGUGAACAAGUUACCGCCAAUUUUCGGUUGCCUCUAUUUAGAUCCAGUGCUGAAUUGGCUAAGAAGUAUGAUAUCAAAUGCGAGAUGGUAAAUAAUAAUAAUUGUGAAGGACCUAGUAAAGUAGGCAUCAGACCUCCUUUUGUGCCUGCAUCUAGGGAACUUUUCAACUUAUCUAAGUUUGAAACUACUGCUUCAAAGAUUGAUAGUUCGGCCGAUGUGUUUUAUCCAACCAAAAUAAGGACAAGGCAGACAACUCCCAGAAAAGUAGGGGCUGAAUGUACUGAUUCAACCAGGCAGCAAGUGAUUCCCAAAACAGGGCCUGAAAUUGCUUCAAGGACCAGGCAGCAACUUACUAAAAAAACAGGGCCUGAAAUUGUUGAUUCAAGGACCAGGCAGCAACAAGGAAAUGAUAAGCAGAAUCCUUCAAGUGCAAAGCAGCAACAAGGAAGUGCUAAGAAACAAGUUUCAAGUGCUAAACAACAAGUUUCAAGUGCUAAGCAACAAGUUUCAAGUGCUAAACAACAAGUUUCAAGUGCUAAGCAACAAGUUUCAAUUACUAAGCAACAAGCUUCGAGUGCGAAUCAGAAACGUCCUUCAAGUGCAAAGCAGAAUCCUUCAAGUGCAAAGGAGCAACCUAAGGAGAAACGGGUGGCUGACACUGCUGAUUCAAGGUCAAACCAGAAUCGUAUGAAAAGGGCAAUGGUAGAAGUUGAUGGAAAUUCCGGGACAGAGCAAGGAAGUGGCUUGAAGAAGACAAAACGAAGCCCAAUGUGUAAAUCGACAUCAGUUGAAGAAUUCCUCAAAGAAAAUGGAGAAAAUAGUGAAGAAGAUGAAUGUGAGAAUCUUGAGGAAGAAGAAAAUAUAAUGGGUGAAGAAGAAAACACUCAACAAAAUGGAAGUAAACAAACUGAAGGGGCAAGUAAGAAAGGGACACGUGGACCAACUAAAUGUUUGAAAAUCCAUGCUAGAAAGAGUGCGGAUCGUGAAGAGGUGGUCUUAGACGAUGAUGGAGAACCUAUUGGACCCAAUGAUCGAACCGUGACAGAUUUGAGUUGUUUCCUUGGCACUGUCGCAAGGAAUUCAGACUUGUGCCCCUUAGUUUAUACUAACUUCAAAGCUUUGAAGAAUGCAAACAAGGACCGUAUAUGGGAAUUUGUCACUGAUAAAUUCAUUAUCCCUGAAAAUGGAAGUAGAGCGGUUUUCUCUCGCAUAAAUGAUGCUUGGAGGCGUUUCAAGAAAGAUCUCAAAAAGAGUUGUUUUUUAAAGUACACUACUAUGAGUGAAAGAUUGAAGCAUCGUCCCCAGACCGUACCUGAAGUUCAUUUCAAGCAAUUGAUAUCCUAUUGGAAGAACAAUAACAUCCAAAAAAUUAGCAAAAUCAAUGCUGUGAACAGAGCUAAGCAAAAGUAUAUGCAUCGGAUGGGCCCAACAAACUUUGCGAGGAUUCGUGCAAAACUGCGUGCUAAGAAAGAGGACGGAAAGGAAGUUAGCCAGGCAGAGAUGUUCAUUGAGACUCGACAAAGUCGAAAAGGAAAACAGCUGGAUGAGGAAACUUCAAGUGUAAUUUCUAAGCUUCAAGAAUCAGUUCAGAACUCAACUGAAUCUGAGACAUUUAACUCCUUGUUUGGGAAAGAAAAAUCUGGACGAGUUCGUUGCUAUGGAAGAACAAUAACACCUACCAUGCUUAAAAGAAAAGAAGAAAUUCUGGUUAUUAAAAGGCAGCAUAAUGAUGAAGUGGCUGGCAUGAAGAGGGAGAUGGAUGGUAUGAAGGCGCUAUUUAAGACAAUGAUGAAGCAACAAAACCCACAUAUGAGCGACGAGGAGAUCUCUAAUUUGAUGGCAAGUGCUAUGGGUUGUUCCAUUAGUUCUACUGCUGCUCCUGCUGAUCCACAUUCGUCUGCAUAAACUCAUAUUCCGCAUUGCGAACAGGGUGGAGAGGAAGCAGAUUGUGAUGAAGAUAUGGAAGAAGCUUGUGAUGAACAUGAAGAUGUGGAAGAAGUUUGUGCUGAAGAUGUUGAUGAAGAUGUUGAAGAAGAUGUGGAAGAAGAGCAAGGAGAAGAUCAAGAAGAAUAGUUGUUUUAUGUUAUCUUUCUAGCCAGUUAUUAGAACUUUUUUUGGUUAUUUUGGGAUGACUCUUUUUUGAGCCAAACUUGUGUUUAAUAUGGUUGUGUUUAACAUGGUUGUUUUGAAUUUUGAAUUUGGGAUGACAUCAAAACUUGUAUCCAACUAUUAUUAGUGGCACUACAAAAAAAACAUACUUUUGACCUUAA